GGACCCCUAAGGACCUGACGGCCCGCAUCAGAAUUGCCUCCAUUGCUUCCACCGAGAGCUUCUCCAGGACGAUCACCCGGCACCGGCUCAGAAGAGCGGCGUUGACUUGGAAGGAAGGGUUUUCUGUGGUCGCUCCUAUCAGGGUCACCGUCCCGCACUCGACGUGAGGAAGGAAAGUGUCCUGACAAUGGGAGGGAAGCAGAAAAAGCUGAUCUCGAUCAAUGACAACCUGAAACAUCCCAGCCAAGAAGGAGGAGAAAUCAGAAGUUACGAGUGUUCAUUGGUUUAUGAAUCUAAGGUGGAGAGGAGAACAGACAGUAAAUUAACUGGACAUAGUAUGAAGCUACUUAAGAUUAGCAGGCUGGAAGAGAUAAAUACGCAAUACAACAGAAACAGACUAGAAAAAACAGCCUUUUUUCAGAAUAUGGAAAAAAUGGAGAUGACUAGAAGCUUUAAGGAAGAAAAAUUCAGUGAACCACAUCCUAGAACAGAAGAUGAAAAGGUCAUCAAAGAAAAGUUACAUUUGAAUGAAACAGAAACAAAAGAAAAGAAGCCACCAGAUUCAACAGAGGGGGCCAUCCAGAAGAGCCAGUCCUGCUCUCAAGAAGAAGAAGUUGAUAAGCUCAAUGAGGAAAAUGCCAAGAGGGAAAGUUCUGUUCUGCUUGAAGUGGAUCCUCCCAGAUUUCAUACUGAAGGAUCAGAGAAGGAAGAAGAGAGUUUGGCUUUUGAAAGUUAUUACGAACAUAGGAGAAACUCUGUUCAGGAAGAACAGAAUAUAGAAGAAUAUAGGAGAAACUCUGUUCAGGAAGAACAGAAUAUAGGAGAAUAUAGGAGAAACUCUGUUCAAGAGUCAUUGGCUCCAGCAAAACAGCAGGAAAAAGAUGCUGUUGAUGAUGCUUGUCAAAGGCUAACUGUGCAAGAGAUAGAGAGUGAACCCCCAACAGAUGAGGAGAGGAAGGAGGAACAUCAGGUGCCUGGAGAUGAACAACAAGAGGAGAGGGAGAAUGGAGGGGUAGGAAAUGCUGAUAAGAGUGAAAAAAUUGUUGAGGAACCACCAGCUCCUUCCCAAAAGGAAGAUGAGGCAGAACAAAGCCAUGAUCAAGAGGCACCAGAGGGAAGGUGUAAAAGCUGCGAAAAAGAUGAUAUUCCUACUCCACCAGCACCAUUUGAUCACCGGAUUGUCUCAGCCAAAAGGGUGGGGAUCAACAAUUAUUAUAAUGUCAAUGAGGAUGAAAUUCUGGGAGGAGGGCGAUUUGGACAAGUGCACAAAUGUGAAGAGAAAGCAACAGGUCUCAAGCUAGCAGCCAAAAUUAUAAAAGCAAAAGGUCCAAAACAGAAGGAUGAAGUUAAAAAUGAAAUCAAUGUCAUGAACCAGCUGAAUCACGUGAACCUCAUCCAGCUAUAUGAUGCCUUUGAAUCUAAAAAUGACAUUGUACUUGUCAUGGAAUAUGUGGAAGGAGGAGAGUUAUUUGACCGAAUUAUUGAUGAAAACUACAAUUUGACAGAGAUGGAUACUAUCUCAUUCAUAAAACAGAUCUGCAAGGGAAUUCAGUACAUGCACCAAAUGUACAUUCUUCAUUUGGAUCUCAAGCCUGAGAAUAUCCUGUGUGUGAACCGAGAGGCAAAUCAAAUAAAAAUUAUUGAUUUUGGAUUGGCAAGAAGAUAUAAACCCAGGGAAAAGCUUCGAGUUAACUUUGGGACUCCAGAAUUUCUUGCUCCUGAAGUUGUGAAUUAUGAGUUUGUCUCUUUUCCUACAGACAUGUGGAGUUUAGGAGUCAUUGCUUAUAUGCUCCUCAGUGGAUUGUCUCCUUUUUUGGGUGAUGAUGACAACGAGACCCUCAACAAUAUCCUGGCCUGUAACUGGGAUUUUGAAGAAGAGGAAUUUCGAAGUGUUUCUGAUGAGGCCAAAGAUUUCAUCUCAAAGCUUCUCAUCAAGGAAAAAUGCUGGAGAUUAAGUGCAACUGCUGCCUUAAAACACCCAUGGUUAACAGACCACGAACUCCACUACAGACUCCAGAAAAAGGCUAAAGGUGUGUCUCAAGCACCCCUGGCUCAAUAACCUUUCUGAAAGAGCUGCCAAACAGAAGAAAAGCUGCUGUGUGGUUGCUACUGCUAAGAGGUUUGAAAAUAUCAGCAGUCUUGGUGCUUUACCUCCCUGCCAUGACUGAGACUUCUCCUAAAUGGACCAACAGCACUUUAGUUGCAGGACAGCAACUAAAGGACAACAAGUCCCAGAAUUGAGGAGCUACUUCUUCUCUAUUCAGCUGUUGAAAGAAGGAAAAUAUUUCUCCAGGUUGUAGGAAGGUGUUUCUUCUGGAGCAGCAUGUUCUCCAUGUCUUGGAGUGCUACAUUAGCUUGGUUUCAUGAACUUUUCUCUAUCUAGUCUUAUAUCCUCAUUUACUUAUCAAAGGCUUCUUGAAGUCCAAAUUAUCAUGGAAAAUUAACUGUUCCUCAUCCCAGCCCAGAAGGAAGUCUGUCACUAUGUUAUAUCUGUAGCCAAGGUUGAUUUGAAACCAGAGUCAAAUAAUUUUGGGGGAAAAAAUUGCAGCAAAUUUAAAGCUGCCUUAUGUAGAAGAUUUGAAGUUUGUUUUUCCUAUCACAUUAAAAUGAGUUAAGGAUUAACUCAACCAUAGUUAAAGCCAUGUAAAUGUAACACCAGUGGAAGUGAGAAAUGAGGCUUUCCUUGCGAGUAGGUGAAUUUGCUGCAUCUGUGAUAUGGUACAUUUCAGGAUUUUUUAGCCUGAUGAAUUACUGCUUGCUUUAAAUACACUUGGAUUAAUUAAACAAGAAACAGAACAAGGCACUAUUCACUUGUACCCAUGCAAACUCUGUUCUCCAAUAUGCAAGUAGAAUUCAGAGUUAUUUUAACAGCGGUGAUUUUAUAGCAACUAAUCUGUUUAAUGCUAAUAUGACUGAUUAGGACCAUUGGCAAAGAGCAGAGUCAGUGCUUUGGUCAUUAUAACCUCUGAGUAUAGGCCCAAACGAAAAUCCACUGUUUUUCUGGAGUUUUCUUAUCUUGCUUCCAAGCCUUUCUGACUCUUAACUAGGUAAAAAACUGGGACUCAGAACUGCUGAAUUCUUUACCUGAGAUUGUUUGAAUGUGGCACAUCAUUAAGUGAAUCUGAGCCUUAGUUUCCUAGUUCUGAGGUUAAAACAAUGAGACUUAUUCCCUGCUCUAUAUGGCUUUCUUACUGAUUGGUUUCAGACCUACAUGAAUGCAAAUGAUAGUGAGUAUUUUAUUCAAUGAUGCUGAUAUAUUUUGGUGCCUUUAGAUUUUUUUUGUUUAACCCAAUUGCAAUCAAACUACAUAUUAACAUAGCUAUCUCUAUAUAUUUAUCUAUAUAUUUAAUAGGUUUAUAUAUUUAAAUUCUGUCUUUUUAAAAGGGGAUCAACAUAAAGACAAAACAGUAUUAUUCAUCACCACCCAAUGAUUGGUUUUCACACCUUUGUCCUUUCUGGAUAGCAUUCAUAUAAUAAAAGGGGCCCAUUAGUGGGACACAGUGGCCAUCACAUUCUCUACAGCCAGUUCUAUCCAGUGUUUUAAAGCCAUUGUAGUAGAUCUCUUUAGACUGUUCCUGUAAAUGAAUAGGGCUUCUUAUAGCUGUGCAAUCUGAGAAAUGCUGAUGUGUUGUACUAGUGGUUGCAAAUGCAUGAGACCCAUUACUACUAUCACACACUGACACACCAUGUAACUUUUAUAUUGUGUAGAGCACUGCCACCUUCAAGUCCUCAUCUGUAGUCUUAACUAAAGUAAGCUUUGACAGGGAGAAAUUGGAGUUUAUUUGGAAAAAGACUGAGUAGUCUCAAAGCAAGAAAACAAGCAUAUAAUUUUUAGGUAGAAACUGGGCUGCUUGUUUUCAAUCACAGUUUAUGUUUGCCUGUAAAAAAUAAAUAGAAAAGCUACCUUUUUGUUAGGUCUGGAGUUUCCACUCCUGUUCACUGUAGCUUUUUGCCCAGUAAACAACUCAAUGAUCAGACUAAAAUGCAGCAAACCACUUUGGAAUGACAGGAUGUCAUUCUGCACUUUAGUGCCAGUAUUGUAGGAUUGGGCUGGGACUUUGUUUGUCCUGUGGUAUAUUUUACAUGGAUAUGAAUAAAUUGCUUGUAAUUUUGAAUUUUUUUCACUAUACUAAAAUAACAGUGUGACUACAGUCUUUUCUGCUUGUUGCUCAGUUGAAUUAAGGGGAUUUAUCAUUUGUUGAUAUAUACAUCUGAGUAGUAAUAAAGAGCUUAGUGCCAUGAAGAUCAGCCCAGUGUUAGAGUGUACUGUGCUGAGUCAUCCAUAAAUCCAGGAGCCCUAGGAGAACAUGGCCUCUGUUAAGCACAUCCACACAGCGCUCUGUCAGAAAUAGGCACAUGUGAGAGGGUGGAAUAGCUGGAUGUGUUUCCCUCACAUUGAGAAGUUAGGCCCUUUGAAAAGGCAUGUGUUGAAGAGAGGACACCUCACUAGCUUCUGGCUUGUGCAAUGGGGCAGUGUGCUUACAUAAUAAUCAAGGCAUUAACUUUCAUUCUCAAUAACAUGGAUAAUGAUUAUCCCACUCUAGAGUCAUAUCUGUAAACCACCCCACUGUUUCAUCCUUGGAACAGCUCCUGCAGUGGGGUGUGAGGUUGAAGGGGGGGACAGUUGGAGGAGUUUGGGCUGAGGAAGUCUCUACAGUGACUGAAGGUGCCAUUUCAUGCCCAGGGUUAAACACAAGCAUGGGCCUGCAGGUGUACAGUGGAGGAGGAAAGAAUCCCAAAUGUACUACUUAUUGCCCUAUAGACUCUGGAUCUGCAGCACCGAGUCAGAAAGGAGGUGCAUUACCAAGAUUCUUAUUGUUAUUCAGGGUAAAAAAAUUAUACUGCUAGUCAUCACUGCUAUGUAUUGCAAUGUGCCUGAGAAAAGUGUUUCCAGAGAGGUUCAUUUGUAUCUUGUAUCCACCUCAGUAAGAGGAAGAACUUCUUUACAUUGAAGGUAGCAGGGCACUGGAACAGGCUGCCCAGGGAGGUUGUGGAGUCUCCCUCUCUGGAGACAUUCAAACUCCACCUGGAUGCAUUCCUGCUCUAGGUGGCCCUGCCUUGGCAGGGGCAUUGGACUGGAUGAUCUCCAAAGGUCCCUUCCAACCCUAACAAUUCUGUGAUCUUUUCUGGCUGUUGUAAUUUUAGUUAAAUAAUCACUUGACACAGCUUCUUUUUAAUGGCUUUCUAAUUCUGUCUCACUGCACUUUGAGCAGCAUGCUGUUUUGUGUGUGUGUGCGUGCGCAAGUUUGAUUUUGGUUCUGUUUUACUCUGCCCUAUCCCUGGAAACAUUCAAGGUUGAGUUGGAUAGGGCUUUGAGCAACCUGAUUUAGUGGAAGAUGUCACUGCUCAUUGCAGGAGGGUUGGACUAGACGAUCUUUAAAGGUUCCUUCCAACACAAACUAUUCUAUGAUUCUAUGAUUUUAUGAUUUAAAUGUGUUCUGUAAUGACUAAUAGCUAAAGCCUUCUGUGUUAAAUUAUUGUUUUGACACAUCAUUAUUUAUUUUCUACUAGGUAAUAAUAAUAUGGUGCCUAGGUUCUAAUAAGUCACCUGCAUCUGUUUGAGUUUGCUUAUAAUAAUCUUUUUAUGUAUUGGCUUAUGUGGUUGCAUUUGGAGGCUGUGAAUUAUUGUGCUUGUGAGCAGGUUUGUGUGUGAAAGGCACUGUACUAAUGUUGUUACUCCAUUUAGCUGAAUAUCCACAGACAGAGGUGACUGCAGAUAACUUGAGAAUGAUAUAGAAACACCAAUUGUGGUGGAAGGGAUAAAAUGCCAAGAUGCAGUCUUUGUUUUGCGUACACCAUAGUAUUCUUCCUGACAUGUAAAAAUUAAAGGCCGUUUCAUGGGAACAUGACAGCUAUCACCUGAUUCCUAUAAAAAUUAACAUGCUAUUAUUCCCAUUCCUAUAGAUACAGGGGAUAUACUAGAUGCAAGAUAUACUAGAGUAGUCUAACAUUGACAUCAGGAUUAGAAGCAAAAAGGCACAAGAUGGGACACUACUGGCUUUCCAACUCUUUUUAUAUGUUGUAUAUUGUAGAGGUUAUGAAAUGGGUGAAAACUUACUACAGAAAGAUGUCCAUACUAUUAUGUCUAUGUUUGUGAGCACCUGCAGCCGGUCACUCCUCUGGGUACCCUCACAGCAUAAGCUGUUGGCAACUCGGGAUAAUACACUCUGGAGACUACAAAAGGAGUUACUUUUUAAUUUUAUUUUCAUAUUCCUUCUAAUGUUAGAAGCUGAAUAAAGUUAAAGUCAAACUAAAUACUGCUAUAGCUUCAUUCCAAGCAGGAAUAACAGUGCAGCUCUACAGAAUUAAAUAAGGGAAGUACUAGAUCCACCUUUUGUGAUGUGAGUAGUACAAGAGCCCAAUUUAACUUCCCUGCCUCCCUGCCAAAAAAAAAAUCUACUUUGCACCAAUCCUGACCAGUAAAAAUAAAAAAGAACCUUAAUUUUUUUAACAGUUAAGGAAUCUCAAUCAAGAGACAGUUUUUCUGCAGUGGUUAAAUUGCUGCAGUUAGAGUCAAGGUAUUUUAGCAUUUUGAAUUUAAUGCUGACACUACAAAUCACCGUCGGUCUCUUUCAGCAAAAUGUCCCUCACCAACAGGAGCUGUGAGAAAAGAAGGUGUUUGUCAGCUCUUCUCCACUAAUGGAGAUCUGGAAGCAUUACAUGCCCUUCCCUUAGAGCCACCAGUGAGCAGGAGAGUUCUUACCUUGGGAAUGAAAUGUGUGAUAGCAAUGGAAGUUUUGCACCCACAGCAGUGAUAAACGAAUGAGCAUUGAUGCUUCUAACUCCUUCCAGGGGGAUGAUGCAUCUUCAUGUACUACUUUUAUUAUCACCAAUAAAUACUUGUUCUUGUAUCUCCUGUGAAUAAAACUAAACGCUGCAUGAAUCCAUUUAGGGACAUUAGACUGUUUCACCUUCCAUGAAGGCUUGGUAGCUGAACAACUAACUACCUGUUUCAAACUUAGAUGACAAUUGGUAGAGAUAACACUUUGUAAAUAUGUUUUUUAGCUAUGUCCAUAGAGUUAGUGAUCACAUUUUGGUGUGGCAGAACUAAUGUUUGUGUACCUCACAGCAACUUCCCUUGAAUUUAAAUGACAGGUGUGUGGCAACUACAUCACAAAGCACGUGGAUUUUCAUGUACCUUAACACUUUGGUUUGAAUAUCUGGUUUUGUAGAUUAACUCAUGUAUCUCUGCUAUGUGUUCUUUUGUGAAAACAUGAAGCAAUCUUAUAAAAAGAUGACUGAGGAAUAAAUGCAGAUUUUGUUUACUCCA